CUUCGUUUGGAAAAAACAGAAAUGAGCAAGCGAGACUCAUCGCCCCCGUUUUAUGAUAACCAAGCUGCAAGCAAAUAAAUCAACUAGCCCCACUGCAUUCUUCUGCACUCGAGUGCCAAGAGAGCUUUCUCUUAUCAGUCACUGAAGCCAUAAGGAUAUUUUUUACAUUAAACUUUAUCACAAUGAGGUGUUGCCACAUCUGCAAACUUCCUGGGAGAGUGAUGGGAAUCCGAGUGCUUCGUUUCUCUUUGGUGGUUAUCCUUGUGUUACUACUGGUAGCUGGUGCUUUGACUAAUUUGCUUCCUAAUAUCAAAGAAGACAAGAUGCUCACGAUGCGUAGGGAGAUAAAAUCCCAAGGCAAGUCCACCAUGGAUUCCUUCACUCUCAUAAUGCAGACGUACAACAGAACAGAUCUCUUGUUGAGACUUUUAAAUCACUAUCAGGCAAUCCCACAUCUGCACAAAGUGAUUGUUGUGUGGAACAACAUUGGAGAAAAGGUACCAGAUGAAUUAUGGAAUUCUCUAGGACCUCACCCUGUCCCUGUGAUCUUCAAAGUACAGACAGCAAACAGAAUGAGAAAUCGACUCCAGGUCUUCCCUGAAUUGGAAACCAGUGCGGUGUUAAUGGUAGACGAUGACAUGCUAAUUAGUGCCCAGGAUCUCAUUUUUGCUUUCUCUGUUUGGCAGCAAUUUCCUGAUCAAAUUGUAGGAUUUGUUCCUAGAAAACAUGUUUCCACUUCAUCAGGCAUCUACAGUUAUGGAGGUUUUGAACUGCAGAUACCAGGGUUUCAGACUGGUGACCAGUACUCUCUGGUUUUGAUUGGCGCUUCAUUCUUCAACAGCAAAUAUCUUGAACUCUUUCAGAAGCAACCUGCAGCUGUCCAUGCUUUGUUGGAUGAAACUCAAAACUGUGAUGAUAUUGCCAUCAAUUUUAUCAUCGCCAAGCACACUGGGAAGACAUCAGGGAUAUUUGUGAAACCUGAAAACAUGUUCAACUUAGAAAAAGAAACCAACAGUGGCUAUUCUGGAAUGUGGCAUCGAGCUGAGCACUUUCUGCAGAGGUCUUACUGUAUAAAUAAGCUUGUUAAGAUCUAUGACAGCAUGCCCUUAAAAUACUCCAACAUUAUGAUUUCUCAGUUUGGUUUUCCAUAUGCCAGUCACAAAAGUAAAAUGUAA